AAGAUGCAAGCCGAAUUGCACCCCGGGCUAUAAGACGCCCUGGAGGGCGACAUAUUCACGGGGCCUUUGACCGACCGCCCGAACUAAUGCUGCCCCGACCACGAGGGAAUGCAGGGGCACGCGUGCCCGCUGAAACCCCGAGGAUUACGACUUUGGUGGAUUGGGCCUAUAGGCUGCCGCAAUCAGCUGUGUCGUCCCAUGUCUCCAGGGUUAGCUACAUACCACGCUCCACGGUCCUCGCCGUCCUUCGAUCCACACAACUUUCACAGACUUGGAAAUCGAAUGCAGGCGGAAGAAUAUUUUUCAACAAACUGUGGCCAAUUUAGCUGCAUCGCUUGCCAUGCUCCGGUGGCAACCGAAACUCAACUCACAUUUUAACCCGUUUCCCCACUACCUAACUCGUGAAGGGACCAUGUUCUCCACAUGCCAGCCGAGUAUCAAUAUCUUUCUCCAUUUCUUCGGUUCAUCUCUACACAUGCUACCUAAUCACCUACUCCAUUGACUCCUAAAGGGGGGUUGUAAGCUUUGUAUUGGUGGCUUGCAAGGCACAUCAAUGGUUGCCGCAGAAUCACUUCCAUCUUUGUUCCUGAGAGCAACCACUAACUGUUUUUGUACAAUUGAAGCUCAUUCUCCAGGGUGCGGAACUCAUCCAAAUUUCAAGCGAGAGGGUGGGGGUUUCGAUAACUCUAUCAGGCACCGUCUCUAUGGAGUAUGCUAGUGCGUUGUCUUCCUUCUCGCAAAAAUUUGUGAUAGAGAAACCCGGCGUUUCACCGAGCACCACUCAGAAUACGUUGCGCUGCGAGCUGCAAACCCGGAGUGGUUACCAUAGGAAGGACAGUGUUCAUGGCCACAACGUGUCAAUAGAGCUGUUUAGGUUUGGCGUCCCGCAAUUUAUAGUUGCUCCCCGCAUAACGCCUCUGGCUGUAUAUUCUUCCGGCUCUCUAGGUGCAAAAACUAGGUUCUGACAGCAUGAUAGAAUGCUUUUGUCAACAGCACGGCUAUUGUCUUUUCCCCAUCGUGGAGAGCUCCAGCGAAGACUCGAGAUCUCAAUUGGCUUUGUCCUCGAUGCCCAUCGGCCGUCGAAAACCUGGGGAGCUUUCCACGGCUUGGAUCUGGGGUAUUUCGUGGGGAAGCGAACUGCCAUUAUCAACAUGGCUCCAGGGGAAUGUUGCACAAAGCCGGAGGCAAACAUUCUAAAGAUGGGCGGUUCCGUGCUCACAAAGUACCUUGUGACGCUGGGCCUGGCGCUCAGCGCCACUGCCACGAAGCCAGUGCCCAAGCAGCCUAAUAUUGUCUUUGUCAUCACUGAUGAUCAGGACUUGCAUAUGGACACGCUGGAGCAUAUGCCAUAUCUGCAGAAGCACCUCGUGAAGGAAGGAACCUCGUUUAGCAACCACUUCUGCACCAUUGCUCUCUGCUGCCCGUCGCGAGUCAACCUGUUGACAGGAAAGGCUCCCCACAACACCAACGUCACUGACGUCGCGCCGCCAUGGGGAGGAUAUCCCAAAUUCAUUGCCAAUGGUUACAACGACAACUAUCUUCCCGUAUGGAUGCAGGAAGCAGGCUAUAAUACCUAUUACGUCGGCAAGUUGAUGAACGCUCAUACCAUUGUGAACUACAACGAGCCCGUGGCGGCGGGCUGGACUGGCUCUGAUUUCCUCCUGGAUCCAACCACGUACGAUUACUGGGGUGCGAAGAUGAGCCGCAACGGAGCUGCCCCAGUGAGCUAUGCUGGCCAGUAUUCGUCUGAUGUCGUUGCCGAAAAGGUAUUGGGCUUUAUGGAUGAUGCUAUGAAGGAAGAUAAGCCAUUCUUCUUGGUUGCUGCCCCCGUCUCUCCCCACGGUCAAGUCAAACCCCCACCGCUUUGGUUCGACAAGCCUGAAUACCCUGCUCGACAUGCGCACCUCUUCAAGGACUACAAGAUUCCAAGAACUUCCAACUUCAAUCCAAAAGAUCCUAGUGGAGUGGGCUGGGUCGCUUCUAUGCCUCGCUUGAAUCAGACACAAAUUGAAUACCACGACGAGUAUCAACGCUGCCGCCUUCGAGCUCUGCAGUCUGUGGACGAGAUGAUCGACUCCAUGGUUGAGAAACUUGCGGAGAACGAUCUUUUGGACAACACCUAUUUCAUCUAUACCACCGAUAAUGGUUUCCAUAUCAGUCAACAUCGUCUUCCCCCAGGCAAGACUUGCGGUUUCGACACAGAUAUUCGCAUUCCAAUGGUAGUCCGAGGUCCCGGCGUCGCCAAGGGCGCUACCAACGACGAUGUUUCUUCCCACACCGACAUGGCACCAACUUUCUUGGCUCUUGCCGGUCAAAAGCGCGAGGGAUUGGACGGAGUGCCAAUCUCAUUUACCAAGACCCACGGGAAACCUCGCAAGACCGAACAUGCAGCUGUAGAAUUCUGGGGUGUUGGCCGCACAGAGGGCAUCUACGACCCUUUCUAUCAAAAUGAGUUCAAGUUACCCGACGGUAACUACGGGAACAACACAUAUAAGGGCAUCCGUUUGGUCGGAAAUGACUACAGCCUCUACUACUCUGUGUGGUGCUCAAAUGAAAAGGAGUACUAUGAUGUUUCUACCGACCCAGGCCAGAUCAAGAAUCUCGCUGCCGACCCUAUUCUUGCAAGCAAGCACAAGAUCCGCGGCCGUCCCUACGAGCAGAUUGUGAACAGACUUGAUGCUCUCAUGAUGGUCAUCAAAUCUUGCAAGGGCAAUGAAUGUGUUGAGCCAUGGAAGUCUCUCCACCCCGAGGGCAAUGUCUCCAGCUUAAAGGAUGCCCUCCACCACAGAUACGACGAUUUCUAUGAGAAGCAGCCGAAGGUCAGCUUCAGCUCUUGUGAACUCGGAUAUAUCAAGGAGGCCGAGGGUCCACAAGUGGCCAAUGUCUACAAGGGGCGCCAUCCCCAUGACAAGAGAGAGCCAGAGUAUGGUGGUCACUGGAGCUACUGGGUCUAAGCUCGGACGCUGGUGUCAGGACGUCGUUUUCAAGUCUUUAGUAAUUCUCCUGACGUGGUUCAUUACUUGUAUAUAGUGUUAUACUUUAUUUGUUCAUAUUGAGAGGUAGAUAUGAAAUAUAUAGGUUGAUCGAAGAAUUGACUCGAAUGCUCCCCAGUACGGAGGAAC